CUGGGAAUUUUGAAAAUCCUAACAUUCCUGAAGUUAUCUUUUGACUGCGAGUUUUGUACAGGGAGAGCAAUUUCAAACACUACAGACUCCCACAAGAGAACACAUCAACAUUUGAUAGAAUGGCGGGAAAAACGGGUAUCCUCUUCCUUCUCGUGGUCCUCGCUCUCGCCUCGACGUCGGCGAUUCAGUUAAGUGACAUCAGUGAAGACGAACUCAACGCCUUGUUGGACAUGGCAGUAUCCAAGCGGAACUACGAGCAAACGGUGUUGGGUGGCGGGCCCGAUGACUUGGAGGGGUUUGAUGGGCAGUUCGACAAGCGCGGUCGGGGACGGGGAAGGAAAGCACCUUUGGAAAAAUGCGUGAAUCCUGUGAGUUUGCGGAACUGCAUGUGUGAUCCUAGAUUCACGGACGACGAACCGUUGAAACGCUACAAGGUCUGCUUCAACAACUAAAGCCUGGUGGACUUCUGGGCUCCAUAACACAAAGAUUAGUCGCUAAAAAGAUCAAAGAUCAAUCGCUUAAUGAACUGACCAAUCAAUAUCAAUGUUACACGCGCAAUAGGUUUAAAAUACUGACAAGGGACCAAUCAGGGCGGUUCUUUCAUAUUUGCAAUUCAUCGCAAACCUUUUUUGUGAUACGGAGCCCUGAUCGUCGAGGAAUAUGGACCAUCAACAAUGGAGACAUUAUAUACUGCAAAGUUUGUUAACCAGGAAAAAUGAAAACGUGGUCAUGAAAGGCCUCCAGAUUUUGCUUACUUGUGGUGUUUUACAAUGAUUUAUGCAUCCUUAUAUUGCGGUCGAGUUCGUCUCCGAAAUAAAGCAACUUGCUAU